AGCAACAGCAGCAGCAGGUCGACGUUUAGUUAAAACCUUCAUGUUAUAAUUAUGUGCUUAUUAAUGGACAUUGAUGAUACUUAUUAGAUAUUCAAAUUCAAAACGACUCUGCAAGUUUAGAUUUUGUUUUCAUGUCAUAAGGCGUUAUUUCAUGCGUGGAUUUUUAAACACGUGUCAAUAAUACUGGUAAGACAUACUCCAUACUUUUCAUCAUGUUAACUAGUUGCGUUCUGUCGCCCGCUGUAAUGCUGUAAAUCCCCACUAGGUGAAACUGUCCCCCAGGAUUUGUGUUUCAGAGAAACAGAACGUGUGUUACCUGUCCAAUCAGUAACGCGGAAGCAACAAUGUUAGUUUCUCUUUCAUUUUUGUGGACAUCGGUCCCAACUGCUAAAUCCAAACAAACCAAAACAAAAACCAUAGUCGUCCUCCUCACGGAGUUCGAGCGUUAACUUCAGCAACUUGUAACACUUCGUGUGUGUUUUUAAGACAGUGUGUUUAAAAGAAAAAGAGGGGGAGGGGGGAAAGGCAAUAUUGGAAAGGCUAUAUUUGAGUCAGGAGAUGGAUGAAGGUCGGUGUGUGUUCACGGCUGCUCGCCGAGGGGACAGAGAUCUCCUCCGGACGUUACUCCUCAAUCGCUCCGUAAAGGAAAGGAGCGACCACGGCCUCACGCCGCUGCACGAGGCCGCGCGGGCCGGCGAGACGGGCUGCGUCCGGGAGGUCCUCAGCAUGGCAGCCGCCUCUGGCGUCUUCAUCGAGUAUGUGAACACACGGGCACCCAACGGCCAGACAGCGGUGUUCAUGGCCGCAGCCGAGGGCCACACGGACGUCGUGAAGCUCCUGGCGACCGCCGGCGCGAACAUAAACGUCAAGGACGCAUCAGGCCUCACGCCGCUCCUCGCGGCCGUUUCAAACUAUAAACCAGCGACGGCCAUGGCGCUCAUUAGAAAGGGGGGAGCAGUCCAUGUAACAGAUGCCUCUGGGCAGUCUUGCCUUCACCUUGCCUCCGCUAAGGGUUCUAGUGAGCUAGUUUCCAUGCUGUUACGCUUUGGUGCGCUCAACCUUCGCAACGUGGAACAGAAGACGGCCUUAUAUCUAGCAGCUGAGCACGGUCACCACGAAUGUCUGGAGAUGUUGGCCGCUGCAGGCGCAAACGUUGAGAUCCAAGCGACGGACGGCGGCACUGCCCUGAUGGCCGCCACGGAGGCUCAGUCGGAGCCAUGCGUCGAUGCGCUGCUGAAACACGGAGCAGAUCCAAAUGUGGUGUGCAGCGGAUACUGGCCUCCGCUCGCCAUCCAUGCUGCCGCUGGGGGGGGCAACAUCAGCAUCCUGCGGCGGCUGGCGGCGGUGACGCGACGGGGGCUGGGCAGCGGGGAGGGGGAGGUGAGCCCUGUGUUCUUAGCGUUGGAGAAGCCCGAGAUGCUGGAGGUCCUGCUGAAGGAGGGCUUCAGCUUCAAGGCUGGCUGGGAAAACUGGGAAUACGUGGAACAUUGCGACUCAGAAUCCCCACUGGGCCAGGUCCUGUACCACAUGGUGGACGACCCAGCGUUGAAUCAUAGUCGGUGCAUGAGCCUCCUGAUGCGGGCGGGGGCGCCCCUGACGGAGGAUUGCUGGCGGCUAAGUCUAUCGGACCCGUGCGUGCUGGACCUGCUGUUGGCCCAGAGGUGUGAGGACCAGGGGAAGGGCCCCGGGGCCCGCCCCCUGCUGUCCGGCGAGGAGCUGGAGGCGCUCGUGAGCGUGGCAGAGGAGGACGCCACGGAGGCGGGCUCCUGGCUCCCGGCCCUGCUGGAGAGCGGGCUGGACCCCAACGCUCUGCUGGUGCCCGCCUUUCUGGAGGAAGCCCCCAGCGAGGCGCUCACCUACCUCCUAGAGAUGGUGGACCGGUCCACUCUGGGCCGGCCGCUGAGAGACGUCCUGGAGCAGCGGCAGAAGAUGAAGACCUGGACGCCUCCCGCUCACCUCGAGUGGGUGCCCCCGCUCUUCCACCUGUGUCGGCUGCGGCUGCGGGCCCACCUGGGUCCAGACGUGCUGAUGAGGAGCCCGGCGGUGAUCCAGCUGCCCGUUCCUCUUCUUCUCCACGACUACCUGCUGUUUGCAGACAUCAAAGCACCAGGGGACCCCCGCUCAGGAUCACCGUCCGACUAAAAACUGGUUCGGUCCGGUUUGGUUAUCCGAUCGAUGGACAUUUUUCAAGUGUUCUUAUCUUAUAAUAUAGUGUAUUCUGUUUGGUUUGUGUAUAUAAUGUUAAAAAGGGCUUUUGGUUCAUCUUGUGUGUUAAUAAUAAAUGUUAUAUAUAUUUAUAUAUAUGUUAUAAUUAUUUAUAAAAAAGAAAACGUUCUGCCUCAAGAAAAAUGUUAUGUUAAAAUGUAAACGGUAAACAGGGCUGUAUUUGUAUCGAUCCAGAGUAUACUUUGCACUGCUGAUUCACUUUCAAUAAAUAAUCUGUUCAGUAAAA